AGCCUUUCAUGAACUAUGGAAGUGUAAAGAUAUACAAUUGGAAGGAAGGGAUUGUAACUGUCUUUUGGAGGUCUUUAAAGAGUUGACAGCAGAAAAUCUAAAUAGCAAUAGAAAGCAAUACUUCACUUCAUUACAAGAUAUAGACAAG